AUGGCUCUAAGUCCUGGACUUAAGAACCUUGUUCUAAGUCCUGGACUUAAGGACCUGGUUCUAAGUCCCAGACUUAAGGGCCUAGUUUAUAAGUCCAAAUCUAGAACUUUAGAAGAUAUGAUAAAUGUUCUAAGCAUUUCAGGAAAAUACUUGUAUAAUAUUACUAACAGAAAACAAACUU